AUGGAGGCUGAUUUUCCUGAGUUUGCUAAUUUUCGGUUUUUUUCUGGUAAUAAUUCUAUGCAGACUCUCAUUAAAAGAUCUAAGUCUGAACAUUCGUCGCCAUUCUCUCUUUGUCGUUCGUCUCAAGAGAAAGAGCAAUUUCGAUUAUUUUUACUUUUUCUUUAUUUCGUUUUGUCUUUUUUUUAUUUUCCUUGUCUUUUUAAUCUUUCCUCGCGUUUCUUUCUUUCUUUCUUUCUUUUCAUCGGUUUUAUUCCUUCUUCUGCUCUAAAUUCUUGUUUCUUUUUUCUUUGUCUUUCUUUUCUUUCUGUUUUUCUCUUCUGUAAGGCUUCUUUUCUUUCCUGUUCCCCCACUUUAUUUUCUCUUGUUUCUUUUUUCUUUCCUUUAUUUCUGUUUUUCUCCUCUUUAAGGCUUCUUUCUUUUCUUUCAUAUUCUCAACCCCCCCUUAUUUUCUCUUGUUUCUUUUCUUUUGUUUUUAUCCUUUUCUUUUCUGUCUGUCUUCAUCUUUUUUCCUUGCUUUUUUUCUCCGUGUUUUCCCUCUUCUUUCUUUUUUCUGCUUACGGCCAUAUCACGUUUUUUUUCUUUCUUUCUUUCUUUCUUUCUUUCUUUCUUUCUUUCUUUCUUUCUUUCCUCGGUUCUAUUCCUUCUUCUGCUCUAAAUUCAUGUUUCUUUUUCUUUUUUCCUUUGUUUCUGUUUUUCUCCUCUUUAAGGCUUCUUUCUUUUCUUUCUUAUCUUUCCCCCUCUUUUAUUUUCUCUUGUUUCUUUUUUCUUUCCUUUCUUUCUGUUUUUCUCCUCUUUAAGGCUUCUUACUUUUCUUUCCUAUUCUUUUCCCCUCUUUUAUUUUCUCUUGUUUCAUUUUUCUUUUUCUUUAUCCUUUUCCUUUCUGUGUGUCUUCGUCUUUUUUCUUUGCUUUUUUCCCUGUGUUUUCCUCUCUUCUUUCUUUCUUCUGCUUACGGACAUAUCACACUGAACAAAUUUAAUCAUCGAAAGAAAAAAAAGACAAAUGAGUGGAAAACGAAGAAUGAUUCAUUCAUUUUCCUUCAUUCGUCUUAA